UUGAUAAAGAAAGAGAAAUUAAUGUGCCUAUUUUUUCGUUUCUUUCCGUGAUAGUUGAACGAGCUCAACUUAAGUAAACUAGAAUGAUUAUUAAGCUCAGGUCACUUUAAUGUUUUUGAGUGAGGAUGAUUUAUACAGCAAUCGACAAUUUUUACUUAACCGAUGAGCAGCUGCAGAAUUCACCUUCGAGAAAAGAUGGUAUCGAUGAAGCAACAGAAACUACUCUAAGAAUCUAUGGCUGUGAUCUCAUUCAAGAAAGUGGCAUUUUGCUUAAACUACCUCAAGCUGUAAUGGCCACUGCUCAGGUUGUAUUUCAUCGAUUCUAUUGCAAGAAAUCAUUUGCUCGUUUCGAUGUGAAGAUAGUGGCUGCUAGUUCUGUGUGGCUUGCAUCAAAGCUGGAGGAGAGCCCUAGGAAAGCAAGGCAAGUCAUCAUUGUUUUCCACAGAAUGGAAUGUAGAAGGGAGGGCUUACCAAUAGAGCAUUUGGAUAUCUUUUCAAAGAAAUUUUCAGAAUUGAAAGUGGAAUUGAGCAGAACAGAAAGACAUAUAUUGAAAGAGAUGGGUUUUGUUUGUCAUGUUGAACAUCCUCAUAAGUUCAUAUCAAACUACCUUGCCACCCUUGAGACACCUCCAGAUUUGAGGCAAGAUGCUUGGAAUCUAGCAAAUGAUAGUCUGCGUACAACAUUGUGUGUUCGAUUCAAGAGUGAGGUUGUGGCUUGCGGGGUUGUGUAUGCUGCUGCUCGAAGGUUUCAUGUACCCCUUCCAGAGAAUCCACCAUGGUGGAAAGCAUUUGAUGCAGAGAAAUCUGGGAUUGAUGAAGUUUGUAAGGUUCUGGCUCAUUUGUACAGCCUUCCAAAGGCACAAUAUAUACCAGUCUCUAAGGAUGGAACUGUAUUUACGUUUUCUAGCAAGUCUGUGGACUCACAACCUCAUUCAACUCCAAAGGAAGUUCCACAAAGUCCAUCUGCUAAUAAUGACGCCACUGUUAACAAGAUGGCUUCAGCACCUGUUAUUCCCGAAUCUAGUGGAUCCAAGGGUGCAAUGGUAAAAGCAGGCGCUGAUAAGCUGAAGGAGUCUAAGAAGAGUGAUGCUGAAUCGAAGAACAUACCCACUGAGGGAGAGGCAAGAGAAGAGCCUUUACAGAAAUCCAAGUUGGAGCACCGGAUAGAGGUGAGUGGGGAAAGGAGCAAGGACAGAGACAGGGAAAGGGAGAGAGAGAGAGAUAGGGAGAGAGACAGAACAAAGAGCCGAGAUCGUGAUAGGGGCAGAGAUUCUGAUCGUGAACGAGAGAGAGACGAGACUGAAAGGGAUAGAGAUAAAGCUAGGGGUCGAGGUCAUCGUUCUAAGGAUAGAUCAAAGGAUUCAGGAGGACAUUCUGAGAAAUCAAGACACCACUCGUCACGAGACCGUGACUACUACAGCUCUGGUUAUUCAUCAAGGGAAAAGGAUCGUCAUAGACAUUAUUGAUAUGCAUAAAUCACCACAACUAAUAACCUUAAAUGAGUCGCAAAGGUGUGCCGCAGCCUCUCCCUAUAUUUCAGAAUCCAGAAAAACAGUAGCUCUACACUAGUUGGUUUAUGCAAGAUGAUUAAUAUUCAAAAACAGAAAAUAUUACAUGUUGUUGUACUUUAAUUUUGUUUACAAUCAAGAUCAUCUUCUCAUUUCCAGACAUACAAACUUGAUUUGGUGGUUAAUCUAUGUACAAUAUUUCUUGACAACUAAGCUUUUUCUGGACCACUCAAUUGUGAGGGCAAAAUGCACAUUCUCAGUACCAUUAGCAGCUUGUCAUUUUAUGGUACAACCCUCGAAUAUAAUUAUAGAAAUAUGUGAAGUUGCCAUUAAUAU